AUGGAGCCUAUAUCCGACGAUGAAGCCAGGCCAAUAAUCAAGAGUUACAUUUUGCCUGACAAAGGAAAGAAGCGAAACAAAAAUGAGCUGCGUCCGGAAAAACAACGGCCACAACAUCACAAUCUACUCAUCUUCAAACCGGGUGAUAUCCCUCGGGUUGGCUGCAACAAGCCUCCAAGAGCCGCAGAUGAUUAUCGAAGCAGACCAGAAUUAAAGGUAAGUUUUUUAUCAUUCUUCGGGUUUAAUUUCUGUAUUUCAGAAUGCUGCGUAUCGUCCAGACCUCCCAGGGAUGAACAGUCCCGGACAGAAGGAGAAUGCUCCCAGUCUUCCUCAGAAUUCUGGAGAUUCAGCGGCGCAACGGAGGCCUGUUCAGGUAGGUGGGAGAGGUUGGACUCGACUAACCUUCCGUUUUCAGUCAACAAAAAGUGGGGCCAAGUCAAUACGUCCUUACAUAAACGAAGACCAAAGAAAGUUAAAGGAAGCCGACAAAGAGAAAGUGAGUCCAAGGAAUUUAAUUUUAUUAUGAUUCACAACGAUUUACCUAAAGUUUACUAAAUUUUAGACCAAAAAAAUUGUGGCAUUAGAGGCUAAAAAUACUUCAUUGAAGACGGACAAGGCAACACUGAAAGAUGAAGUGGGGCAGUUAAGAGCAAAGAUAGAAAAGAAGGAGAAAAAGGUUGAAAGACUGAAGAAAGAAUUGAAGGAGAAAGAGGAACUAGCUGAGAAAAAUAAGAAGAUAGUCAAAGAGAAGAGCAGUGAACUCAAGAAGGUUCAAGCGCAACUGAAGGAACGUAUUGAGGAAUUGGAUAAGCUUAAGGCUCAAAAUGAAAAGCAAGAAAGGGAAGGGAAAGAAUUAUAUAAUCAAAUAGAGCAAAAGGACAGGAAAAUCGCCGAAUUGGAACUCAAACAGGAAGAUCUCGAAAAGAAGUUGGGAAAUGCUGUUCAGCAGAUGAAGUACCUGCAAUUUCUUCAGGAACAGCACCCCACUGCUGAUUCUGACAUUAUGAUUUAUCAGAAAAAGUUGGCUAAUGUAAGGAGUUACUUCAUUUUAUUUGCUUGUAUUAUUUAAGAUAUUUGUUAUUGUUAUUGCAGAUGGUUAAUGGUAAACGUUCUUUGGAGAUCGAUAUAGAGACUCUGGAGAAGGCCAACGGAGAUUUACAGAAGAAGAUUCGAGAAGGUGCUGCCUUCGAGGAACGUCUUCUUAAGGAGCUUCAGUUCUGCAUUAACUUCUGCACACAGUUGGAGUAUCAAAAACGUGUGUUAAUUGGAUAUUUAAAGGUAGGAAAUCUUUAUAAUCGAAGUCGUGGAUAAAAUUUUUCCAUCUUGAAUUUUAAUUCUAAAUUUCCUUGGCUCUGAUAAAAUUGACUGGGUGUAAUAAUUUUUUAUGGUGAUUUUUUUGCAGAAGGAUUAUGUUGCGAAGAAGAAAGCAGUUUCGACACAGGCAUCAACUGAAAAGAAGACAACUGCACAGGCUCCAGCGCAAGUUGUGAAGAUCGGUUCUCCAGAUGAACCAUCUCUGUUCAACGAAGUACCCCUUUCAUUAGAUCAGAGGCUUCAGAAUCCAACUCAAGCAGCCGUUCCGAAGCCCAUAGAGGCAGCGGGAUCACCAAGACCGACGGUCAAGAGACCAGCAACGGAUGAUGGUCCGUCAUCGACCUUCAAGAGACCAGCUGAGAUCAAGAAGAUAAAGAACGAACACCAGGAUGAGGUUAUUGUUGUCAAGACAGUCAAGGCAAGGCCAACGAAGAAUGUCGUCCAGGUAAAGCCAGCACCCCUGUCUCCUCCUCCGUUCUCUUCUCCAACUCCGUCUUUUGUACCUAACGCUCAAAGUCGGUUCUAA